CAAUACAUAAUUUCUUGGUUUACACAGGCUCCAAUUGUCAAUGCUCUCGGUUCCGUUUCGAAUGUUUCUAGUCCUAUUGCAGCGACUUUGGAGCGCCCUGAUAGAGUUCCACCAGCAGUGUCAAUGAGCAGCCUGGGGAAUAUGGACACUAACAGAGCAAUAGAUAUUAAGCCAAGAAUUGCAGAUGAUUCUGACAAGCCAAAGAGCUGGAAAUUGGCAGACAUAGUAGACUCUGCUCAUCUUAAAGCCUUGCGGUUGCCCGACACGAUGACUGCACCAAAUAAGGUUGUUCGGUUGCUAUAUACAAACUCUGGGUUGGCUGUCCUGGCUCUUGCCUCAAAUGCUAUCCAUAAACUGUGGAAGUGGCAGCGUAGUGAAAGAAAUCCACUUGGCAAGUCUACUGCCACAGUCGUACCUCAGUUGUGGCAGCCAACAAAUGGUAUUCUUAUGACCAAUGAUACAAAUGACAGCAAUCCUGAAGAAGCAACUGCAUGCAUUGCUUUGUCAAAGAAUGAUUCAUAUGUCAUGUCUGCUUCUGGGGGGAAAGUUUCAUUGUUCAACAUGAUGACAUUUAAGGUUAUGACAACAUUCAUGCCACCCCCUCCAGCAGCGACCUUCUUGGCGUUUCACCCUCAAGAUAAUAAUAUAAUUGCCAUAGGGAUGGAAGAUUCCUCCAUUCAAAUAUAUAAUGUCAGAAUUGAUGAGGUAAUGAAGUCGAAUGAUUGCUUCUCUUCUGGGAGUGUCUAUAUGCUCUUCUUUCAUUAUCUGGCUAAUUAAGUUUCCUAUUUCUGUAUUUCCUGCCAUUUUAUGGGAGCACUGGUAAUCAAUCUAAUUUUCGCAAUAGCUUGUGCAUCUCACAUCUCACCUAUGCUGGAGAAAUGUUUUCUGAACCCUUUUGGAGUGGAAUUUGAUAUUGAUGUCG